AUCGACUUUGGCAGAAGGGCCCUUUUGGGAAAAGCCGGGAGUUGUUCAGAAUUCAAGUGAGCCCGACUCAACCCAGGAGGACAGGGAGCUGGAGGCUGAGUUUGCAAAAAUGCAGACAAAAACAAAAAGCGGGUAGAUUUUGGCACGGUGCCUCAUGGGAAGCUAUACUUUUCAAGUGCUCUCGAUGUCAAAUGAGUUGAAUUCUUCCGGCCGCAGACACACACAAAUGGCAAUGCAAUUGCACUGAGCUGGAAACGUGCAAACCUCUGUAGCGACUUCUGGCAGUGAGACACAGAGGGCCCCUCUGCUAAGAUGUACCUCUGCGCUUUUGAGAAGCUUGAAACGCACGUUUUUCUCCAACCAUGGACUGUGACUUGUGCGACAGCCAGUGCUGAAGGGAGGCGAGACCUCCCCAUCAUGGUUUAACCGAGAGGCUGUUUUCUCUUCAGUUUGUUUUUGACAUCUCUCUCUCGUUUCCUCGUUCCUUUCAUCGAGGGGCGGGACGGGGAGAGGGGAGAAAUGUCUUUCUUAAGCUUCAUGAAACUUUUUAAACUGGGUCCGGACAAGAAGAAGGUGAAACAGUACCAACACUUGAGGAGAGAUGUGGAUCCUGAAAGUGUCUGGAAAGUCAUUGGAGAGCUGGGAGACGGGGCCUUUGGCAAAGUUCUCAAGGCGCAGAACAGGGAGACCGGGGCCAUUGCAGCUGCCAAGGUGAUUGGCUCACUGGAUGAGGAGGAGCUCGAAGAUUACAUGGUGGAAAUCGAGAUCCUGGCCUCAUGCGAUCACCCCAACAUUGUUAAACUCCUCGAUGCCUUCUACUACGGGAACAGCCUUUGGAUUCUCAUCGAGUUUUGUCCUGGUGGGGCUGUGGAUGCCAUCAUGUUGGAGUUGGAGAGAGGGUUGACUGAGCCACAGAUUCGUGUGAUUUGCAGACAGACCCUUGAAGCCCUUCACUACCUGCACAGUAACAAGGUGAUACAUCGGGACCUGAAGGCUGGAAAUAUCCUUCUGACGUUGGACGGAGACAUCAAGCUAGCUGACUUUGGAGUGUCGGCAAGGAAUGCACAUACCAUGCAACGGAGAGCGUCAUUCAUCGGGACUCCUUACUGGAUGGCCCCUGAGGUUGUCCAGUGUGAGACUUCCAAGGACGCACCUUACGACCAUAAGGCCGAUGUCUGGUCUCUGGGAAUCACGCUGAUUGAGUUGGCGGAGGUGGAGCCACCACACCAUGAGCUGAACCCCAUGCGGGUCCUCCUGAAGAUCACCAAGGCGCCCCCUCCGACUCUGACCCAACCUUCUCGAUGGUCACCAGAUUUUAAGGAUUUCUUACGAAAAGCUUUGGAAAAAAAUGUCGACAUGCGAUGGUGUGUCAAGCAGCUUCUCCAGCACCCUUUUGUUGCCGCGGUGACCAGCAACAAGCCGAUCCGAGAGCUGAUAGCCGAAGCCAAGGCCGAGGUGAUGGAGGAGAUCGAGGAAGGCAAGGCUGACAAUGAUGAUCAUACGGAGGCUCUGGCAUACCAGCUGGGUUCUGAUAGUGCAAACAACACAGAGGACCAGGACCUCGCCAGGACACCUCCGGAGGCAGAGACGAGAAGCAAAGAGCCUGUGGCUCAGGGCCGGACUGGGAGCCCCACCUCGGGCAGCACAGACGAGUCAGCAGAACCCUCGGCCGCUAACACUGAGUCGGGGACGGUCACGGAAAGUGAGGAACUCACGGCGCUGGACGGCGGCCUCGGUGAGGCUGAGGAGGAAAUGGCCGGAGAGCUCCAGUUGGUGACCUCAGUGGCAAGAUCCGAUCUCGUGGACGGGGCUCAAGGAGGCGACGAGCUUCUGGCCAGCCCACCAGGAGAAACCGGGUGGGGCGGAAAGGAUCGCAGUGCUCACCUGGGUGAGGCGGAGCUGAAGGCCGCCAACUCCAGCAGUGUGCCUGAGGGACCUGAGCCUGUGGCAAACAUAGAACGGGGAGCAGACUUGGAAGAGCCUGGGCACGCACCAGCUGGAGACUCCACCGAUGAAGUGAUCGAACCGGGACCCAACGAUGAAGAGCUGAGAAUGAGCAGUGAGAACGCGAGGGCAGAACCGACGAGCCCAACACCUUCAGGAGGAGAGGCGACAGCAGAGGUAGAGAUGCCAACAGCAUUGUUUGGGAAGACAGAAAGUGAGGAGGAUGGGAUGGACGGCCCAUUGAUAGAAGCCACAGAGUUGGCGGAGGAUCCUCCAGGAGCAGAUAUCCACCCAGGGAGGAGCCCAACAGGUCUGGAGCCUGUUGGGGCACUGGAAGAUAUUAGUGAAGCGCCAACGCCAGGAGAGACCCCCUUGUGCCCCUUUGAACCCGGGAAGGCUGAAACCAUAGCAAUGGAUCAGGGCACUUCCUAUGUGGAAGGUGAAACCUUCUCUGUUGCAGAAGGAGCAGCGACUUCCCAAGGUUGCCAAGUCAGUGGGCAGGAUCUGAAGGAAGAAACAUCAGUCACUUGCACACAGUCCACCAGUGAGAAGGGUCCACACCAACAGGAUGCUGCACUGCUGAGUGACAAGGUUGCAAGGGUUGAUGGGGAAAAUGCUGUGCUGUUGCCAUGUGUGUGCGUGGAGCCUGCAGCUGGUGAGCUGGAAGACACGGUGGCAGGAGAAUUUCUUUCAGAGGAAGCAAGUGACAGCCUGCCCGAUUCCAUCCUGAUGGUCGAAAUGACUGGGGCGCCAUCCUCGGGUCUCAUGCCAAGUCAUGGCAGCGGAGAGUCGACUGAAUCGCUUCAGUUCGAAGAGGCAGGGAGUCACUUGGUGGGGAUUGCAGACGUGGCGGAGGCUUCAACAGAGAAGAUGGAGGUGGCGGAGAGACGUGAAGGGAGCAUCACGGCUGAAGGACCCAAGCCAGUCGAGUGUGAAGAACAGAUGGAGCCUCAAACCGAAGACCAGCCACGAGCUGACGAUGAGGGGGUCACAGAGGGGGGAUGUGACGGGCUAACUGAAGCCGAGGAAGCUUCGUGCAGCCGAAGCGAUGAUGUCGCCAUUGCAACCUGCGUUGUCAGCGAACUCAUCGACCGGGUGGUGGCUGCUGAACGGGGAUGGGAGGCACGCAGCACGGAAGAGAAGGGAGUCACCCCCUGCUCCCCGCAAGGCACAAGCUCCUUCAGCAGCACAGACUUUGUGGAAGAGGCGGACAUUUCGGGCGAGGGGACCAAAGCUUCAGCUGAGGGGGGACUGGGAGACGAAUGUGUGGGCCGCGAGGAGGAACCAGCUGGUAACCAGGGAGAACAGCAGGAGAACCAGCCAAGAGACGAGGCCGGGAUCGACAACGUCUCGCCUGGCAAAGAUGAUCCAGACCGCCAAGUCCCACCGACGCAGAUUCUCGGCCCAGCCACUUCCAAGGAAACAGGAAGGUUCGAAGCAAAUGGCCUGACCGUCCUGAAACGAGAAGCACACGAUCCGCCUGCUGGUAUCCACACUCUGGCUGACCAAUCGCAAGAGGGGGAGUUCCGGGAGAGGAGACGUUCCUAUCCAUUUGCUGCUGAAGAAUUCGAAUCAUAUGAAUUCCCUCCUUGCCCUGGUGCAGUGUUUUCCAAACAGAUGCAGUGUGACCUGUUCGAGGACCAAGACCGGCCCACCCUGCGGAAGACGUUGAAGAAAACCCGGAAAUUCAUGGUGGACGGCGUGGAGGUCAGCGUCACAACCUCGAAGGUGGUCAGCGAGCAUGACAAGAAGGACCGAGACAUGCGGUCAGCCAGGCGCCAGGAGCUACGGGAACUCCGCCUCUUGCAGAAAGAGGAGCAGCGUCUGCAAAGCCAACUCGACCAGAAGCUGCAGCAACAACGCGAGCACAUGAUCCGCCAAAUUGAGCAGGAAAUGAUGAAUAAGAAACAAUACUAUGACAAUGAGAUUGAGAACCUGGAGCGACAUUACAGACAGAUGAUUGAUCGACUGGAACAAGACUAUGCCAACCGUCUGCGCGAUGAAGCAAAACGCCUGAAAGCACAGCAAGCGAAAGAAUUCUCAAAACAACGGCAAUCACUGAAGGACAAAAAGCAAGAGCAAGAAUUCAUCCAGAAGCAACAACAGGAGCUGAAUGAGAGACUUCAAAUGAUCGUUCAGGAACGGAAGACCAAGAUAUCCUCCACAGACUUUGAGCGGCUGAUGAGGGGACAGCAGCUCAAGAGAGACCGUGAGGCAGUGGUCUGGGAUGUGGAGCAGCGCCACCUCCAGGAGAAAUACUAUCUGUUCAAGCAGCAGGUCAAGGAGCAGUGCUCACUGCAGAGGCAGCUGUUGUUAAAGCGACACGACAAGGAGACGGAGAGAAUGGCCCACGACCACAGCAACCUCCUCGAGGACCUGAGGAGCCAGCAGGCACAGGAGCGGGCCCGACUGCCAAAGACGCAGCGCCAGGAUGCCAAGGCCAGGCUGAACCUCUUUAAGCAGAGCCUGAAGCUCAAGGCUGUUGGCGCGGUGGAGCAGAGGGAACUCGUCAAACAGUUUCUACUUCAGGAAGAGGUUCGUCAGAAAGAGGAGAGGCAACAGCAGCAACAAAAACACGAGGUUCACCUCCAAGAGCUGCAGAGGCAGUGUGACAGUAACAUGGCGGAGUUACAACACCUUCAGAGUGAGAAACUGAGCCUCUUGGUCAGUCGGGAGCGAGAGAAGUUGAAGACACUCGAUGAGGAACACACGAUGGAACUGAAGGAAUGGAGGGAGAGGCUUGUAUCUCGCAAAGAGAUCCUUGAGGAAGAGCUGACACGUAGACGCCAGCAGCAGGAGGUCACUUCCCGGCGGAGCAGCGAGCCAGACACCACCAAAUCCUCGCUGCACAGGAUCUCCCGGUUCUUCCCCCUCCCCAGCUUCCCGUCAUAGGCAGCCUCCGGCCACUAACUCGCACUCUGCCGCUGGAGGAGAAAUGGAGGCCUUAGGUGUCUGGGUAACGCACCCCAACAAUGGGUGGGAGGGUGGUAAUGGGAUGGUAAUCCAGACGCCAUGGUUCAUGCCUGGGGAGCAGGGGGUUCAAAUCCCAGCACAGCGCCUAGUGGCCCUUCCAAUCAAUAAAUGUGAAAUUGAAAGCGAGUCUGACCUUCCCUCCAGCGUAAGGUCGGAAGUGGGAAUGUUCAGCGCCAUCCACCAUUCCUCAGACACUGAAGCAGUCCAAGUUUAAAUCCAAGAUAAAAUCCAGCCUUGGCCUGACAAGUGGCAAGUCACAUUCGCACCACAUAAGUACCAGGUAAUGAACAUCACCAGGAAGAGAGAAUCUAACCACCGCCCCUUGACAUUCAAUGGUGUUAACUGAAUCACCCCCCUCCCCCCCAUUAUCAACAUUCUGGGGGUUAUCAGUGAUCAGAAACUCAACUGGACCAGCCCCACAUAAACACAGUGGCUACAAGAGCAGGUGAGAUACUCAGAAUCCUGGAGUAUCUAACUCCCUAAAGCCUGUCCACCAUUGACUAGACACAAGUCUGGAGCGUGUAAUGGAAUAUUCCACACUUGGCCUGGAUGGGGGGGGCGUUCCAACAACGCUCAAGAAACUCGACACCAUCCGAGACAAAGCAGCCCCCGCUUGAUUGGCAUCACACCCAUAAACAUCCAUUUCCCCCUACCGCAGACACUCAGUAGCAGCAGAUGCACUGCAUCAAUUUACCAAGGCUCCUCAAACAGUAAACCCACUUGGAGGACCAGGGCAGCAGGUACAUGGGAACACCACCCCCUGCAAGUUCUCCUUUGAGCCGGUCACCAUCCUGACCUGGAAACCUGUCGGCCGUUCCUUCAGUGUCGCUGGGUCAGAAUCCUCGAACUCCCUCCCUAAGAGCAGUGUGUGGGGGGGGGGGGUCCCUACACCACACGGGACUGCAGGGGUUCAAGGAGGCAGCUCACCCCCACCUUCCCAACGGGGCAUAAGAGGGCAGGGCAGUAAAUCCUGGGCCCAGCCAGUGAUGUUUACAUCCUAUGAGUGAAUAAGGAAAAUCAUGUUGACUGGUAACUGUCCUCCGAAGUGGCUUAGUGAGUUCAAAGGCAAUUAGAGGUGAGUAAUAAAUCCUGUCCUUGCCAGGAGCGCCCAUGUUGCAUCCAAGAAUAUAUCUUUUUGAAAUCACUUCUCUACGUUCUUCUCAAACAAAUUUUCGGAGUGCUAGAGAUGGCGUAAAGAUUCUAAGUAAGCCGUACAAUUUUAUUGUACGAAAGACAAUGGCGGGGCAGUGGCAGGGGUGGGAAGAGGAGACUGCGUCAGCCCAUAGAGGUUGAAGUGAAUGAUCACAGCCCCAGGUCACACCCCAACAAGCCAAGGUAGAAAUUGUGACAGCUGUUGGCUCGGAGAGUUCCCUUGCAUUGAGGAGAUAACCUUGUCUCAGUCAUUCCAAUCAUUCAUCAAUUCACACUUUCCACAAAGAAUGUACUCUUCUGUGAAACUUUUUUCCCGAAUUGUUAAUGUUAUUGUGUACAGAUGUAAAUAAAAUGCAA